AUGGGUCGCUGUGCGAUCACAAGAGGAAGACAGGCUCUGGAGCUGCGCAGCAACCUGUCUGAGCGGCGUUCCCUCACAGACCACAUACAGCCAUUGGACAGUUCUGCCUCCGAUUCGGCUCAGAACCUGCAGUGGGCCAUCGCUCAUGUUCUGCCUGAGAGUCACUCCCUCAAUUUUGACUGCGGUGUGAAGGUCCAGCUUGGGUUUGCGGCAGAAUUCUCCAUCAUCAUGGUCAUCUACACUCGGAUACUUGAGAAGCCUGCAGAAAUAGAUUCCUGCAGCGCUCAGCUUACAGACUUCCCACAGGUGUGUGACUCCUGGGGCGACUUAUUUUGGUCCAGGAUUUUUUUUAUGUACCGUGCUUUAAAAUGA